AUGGCUUUGAAUAUUACGACCUUCAACAACGUCAUCAAUAAUGAGUUGACUUCCACGGCAAAAACCCGCCAUGGGACCAAUCCUGCAAACCGGCAGCCCAACCCUGAGGUGCCCGUUUCCACCGCCGAAGACCUCGAUCGUGCCGUGACCGCUGCUCGCCAGGCCUUCCGUCAGUGGUCCAAGACCUCUUUCAACAAACGUCGGGCUGCGAUCAAGGCUUUCGCCGGCCAGAUCGAAGCGAAUAAGGAUGCCCUAGCGGCGCUAUUGACCCAGGAGCAAGGCAAGCCCCUGGAUCAGUCCCACGUGGAAGUGGGAAAGGCAGUCCAGUGGUGUCUCGCCCUAAGUGCCAUCAAAAUCCCGGAGACAGUGGUGCAGGAUAAUGAAGAGGCGAAGAUCACCCAGCGCUAUGUCCCGAUGGGAGUGGCCGGUGCCAUUGUGCCCUGGAACUUCCCCGUUCUUCUGGCGAUUGGCAAGAUCGUCCCUGCGAUCUACACUGCCUCAAGCUUGGUGAGCUUGCCGCCCGCUGCUUCCCCCCCCGGUGUGAUGCAGGUCCUCAGCGGUGGGGAUGACCUGGGUCCCAUGAUCACAGAGCAUCCAGGCAUCAACAAGAUUAGCUUCACUGGUUCCAUAGCCACUGGUCGGCGGGUGAUGGCUAGCUGUGCAAAGACGCUGAAGCGAGUGACGCUCGAGCUUGGUGGCAAUGAUCCAGCCAUCAUCUGCGACGAUAUAGAUAUCGACGCCGUCAUCCCCAAGGUGGCCAUUCUCUCCUUUCUUUGCUCCAGCCAGAUCUGCAUGAUGAUCAAGCGUCUCUACGUGCACGAGAAGAUCUACGACCAGUUCCGGGACAAGCUCGUGCAGUUCGUCCAGGCCCUUAAGGUGGGCGAAGGUACCGAGCCAGAUGUCUUCUUCGGUCCAAUCCAGAAUAGCAUGCAGUUUGACAAGGCCAAGGAUCUACUCUGCAGUAUCGCCUCUGAUGGCCUCAAGCCCGUCCUGGGCGGCACCAUCACCGACUCCAGUGGCUAUUUCGUCACGCCCACCAUCAUCGAUAACCCGCCCGAGACAUCGCGCGUGGUGCAGGAAGAGCCGUUCGCUCCUAUCCUGCCGAUCUUGAAGUGGACCGACGAGGAAGAUGUUCUGACGCGCGCCAACGCUGCUGAGACUGGACUGGGAGCAUCAGUGUGGAGUAAAGACCUAUCCCGGGCGAAACGCAUGGCGGAUCAGCUCGAAGCCGGGAGCGUGUGGAUCAACAGUCACUUCGAUGUGACGCCUGAAGCCCCAUUCGGUGGACACAAAGCAAGCGGUAUGGACGUUGUGGGUCAAGAACCAACAACGUGCGUGCUCCACAACCUUGCAACUCCCUCGUUGCGUCUUGCGUUCGAUCUCGCGUUCAUCCAUAGUAAUGAGCUCGCUGCCACGAACCAGCAACCCAAGGAAUCCUAA